CUUCUCUCUGAGCAGCUCACCUCUCUUGGGUCUCUGGGUUUGUCCUUCUGGUCCUCACCAUGUCCAUCAGGUCAACCACCCACAGGACCAUUAAGGUCUCUUCUGGCCCCCGGAGUUUUAGCAGCCGCUCCUACUCCAGCGGCCCCAGCUCCCGAGUCAGUUCCUCUGCCUUCUCUCGGGUGGGGAGUGGCAGUAGCUUCCGAUCGGGGCUCGGGUUCGGGGCAGGCAUGGGUAUGGGCUUCGGGGGCGCCAGUGGGGCCGGGGGGAUUACGGCCGUCAGUCAGAGUCUCCUGAAUCCCCUGAAACUGGAGCUGGACCCCAAUCUCAACAACAAGUUUGCCUCCUUCAUUGAUAAGGUGCGCUUCCUAGAACAGCAGAAUAAGAUGCUGGAGACCAAGUGGAACCUCCUCCAGCAGCAGAAGACAUCCCGGAGCAACAUGGACAGCAUGUUUGAGAGUUAUAUUGCCAACCUUCGAAGGCAGUUGGACUCCCUGGGACAGGAGAAACUGAAGCUGGAGGUGGAAUUGGGCAACAUGCAGGGCCUUGUGGAAGACUUCAAAAACAAGUAUGAGGAUGAGAUCAAUAAGCGGACAGAAAUGGAGAAUGAGUUUGUUCUCAUUAAGAAGGACGUGGAUGAAGCCUAUAUGAACAAGGUGGAGCUGGAGUCCCGUCUGGAAGGCCUGACUGAUGAGAUUAACUUCCUUAGGCAGCUAUAUGAAGAGGAGAUACGAGAAUUGCAGUCCCAGAUUUCGGACACUUCUGUGGUCCUGUCUAUGGACAAUAGCCACUCCCUGGACCUGGAUGGCAUUAUUGCUGAGGUCCGAGCCCAGUAUGAGGAUAUUGCCAAUCGCAGCCGGGCUGAGGCUGAGAGCAUGUACCAGAUCAAGUAUGAGGAACUGCAAACCCUGGCUGGGAAACAUGGAGAUGACCUCCGCCACACCAAGACGGAGAUCUCAGAGAUGAACAGGAAUAUCAACAGGCUUCAGGCUGAGAUUGAGGCACUCAAAGGCCAGAGGGCUGCCCUUGAAGCCUCCAUCACUGAUGCAGAGCAGCGUGGGGAACUGGCUAUCAAAGAUGCCCAGGCCAAGCUGUCUGAGCUGGAAGCCGCCCUGCAGAGGGCCAAGCAAGACAUGGCUCACCAGCUGCGCGAGUACCAGGAGCUGAUGAAUGUCAAACUGGCCCUGGACAUUGAGAUCGCUACUUACAGGAAACUUCUGGAGGGCGAAGAGAGCAGACUCGAGUCGGGGAUGCAGAACAUGAGUAUUCACACCAAGACCACCAGUAGAGACUUCUCAGGGCUCAGCUCUGGCUAUGGAAGCCUUACCAGCCCUGGCCUUGGCUAUGGGCUGAGCUCCUACCAGUCCAUUUCUGGCUCUGGCUCCUCUUACAACCGAGUCAGUAAGGCUUUGGUAGUAAAGAAGAUUGAGACCCGAGAUGGGAAACUGGUGUCCGAAUCAUCGGAUGUUCUGCCCAAGUGAGAGGUCAUCUUGGAUCCUCACAGCCCGCCCCUUUCGUGUACUCCUGAGAAUCUCCAGUAUACCCAAGGGAAGACUGGGGUUGGGGAGAGAGUGAAGAAAGAUGCCUUAUAGGUCCCAGACAUUUCUUCUAUUUUGCCUUGCCUGGGUUCCUUGCUCUUGCCAAUGCCUUUGAGACGAUUUGUAUUUCAGAAAUAAACAUAGCUCACCAUUUCAACCCAAAAAAAAAAACAA